AUGGCUCGAGAGGCGGCAAGCCACAUGGACGUCGAGUCCCUUCUGUUCCAAUACCGUAUGACAAACCACCGUCAAAUUCGAGCACGCCAAGCACAGACGUUGGCCCGGCUGUCUGCUAUUCCCUUCGACUACUUGCCAUCGAUCGCUGCUCACUCCGGCCCAUUUCUGCCCCGAAACCCCGACGCUUCGCGUUCCUUCAUAGCACAGUCUGAAGCACAGCUCAACCAAAUCUUGCCCAUAGCCUUCUGUCCCCCUUCUCCAGGCGAGCCUCAGGAGGAUUUCGAGGACUUCAAAGAUCUGCUACGCGCUUGUCGUCAAGAGUUAUCGUCAUCUCGCAAUCGUUCUUAUACCGCUCGGGAGGAACAGGUCAUUAACUCUGUGGCUCAUUCUAUAGAAAAAAAGAUCGUCAAAAUGGCGGUCGAAAACAACGUCUACCUGGCCAAGCUCGCGGAGCAGGCGGAGCGCUACGAAGAGAUGGUGGAGUGUAUGAAGAACGUGGCAUCUGCAGACCAAGAACUUUCGGUCGAAGAGCGCAACCUCCUUUCUGUCGCCUAUAAGAAUGUUAUCGGAGCACGACGUGCAUCGUGGAGAAUUGUUACAUCCAUCGAGCAAAAGGAGGAGUCCAAGGGCAACGAGUCUCAGGUCGGCCUGAUCAAGGAAUACCGUCAGAAGAUCGAAGCAGAGCUUGCCAAGAUCUGCGAAGAUAUCUUGGAGGUUCUCGAUGAGCACUUGAUCAAAUCGGCUCAGAGCGGUGAAUCCAAGGUCUUCUACCACAAGAUGAAGGGUGACUACCACCGAUACCUCGCCGAGUUUGCCUUGGGCGACAAGCGCAAGGUCUCCGCCGACAAGUCAUUGGAGGCCUACAAAGCUGCUACCGAGGUCGCCACUACGGAUCUCGCUCCUACUCAUCCAAUCCGUCUUGGUCUUGCAUUGAACUUCUCUGUCUUCUACUACGAGAUUCUCAACUCUCCCGACCAAGCUUGCCAUCUUGCCAAGCAGGCGUUUGACGAUGCUAUCGCUGAGCUCGACACUCUGAGUGAAGAGAGCUAUAAGGACUCCACCCUCAUAAUGCAGCUUCUGAGAGAUAACCUGACUCUUUGGACUUCGUCCGAGGCCGAACCAAGCGGUGGCGAGAGCGGUGCCGCGACAACGGAAACCAAAGAGGCUGGCGACGCAGCCUCUUCAGCUGCACCUGCUGAGCCAGAAAAGGCUGCGGAGUAG